CAGCACACCUUUUUUAAUUAUUCAUCAGUUUAAUUAACUCAAUUCAAUUCCAGAAAACCAUUCACCAUUUCUUUCUGAUCGAUCAUCUGUAUCUGUAUGUAUGUAUAUAUAUAUAUAUAUAUAUAGAGAGAGAGAGAGAGAGAGAGAGAGAGAGAGAGUGAUGGCAUGGGGGAGUGGUGGUGGUCUUGGUUGCAGGGAAAGAUGGGAACCUUAAAAUAGCUUUGUCUUUUGCUUCUUUCGCAUUUAUUUCUCUCUCUCUCUCUCUCUCUCUCUCUCUCUCUCUCUCUCUCUCUCUUCUUUCUAUCCUUUCUACCUUCUCUCAUCAAAUCCCCUAACCGACUCCUCUCUCUCUCUCUCUCUCUCUCUCUCUCUCUUCUUUCUAUCCUUUCUACCUUCUCUCAUCAAAUCCCCUAACCGACUCCUCUCUCUCUCUCUCUCUCUCUCUCUCUCUUUCUCCAUAGCCGCUUCUCUCUCUCUCAUCUCAACUUUCUGUUUGUUUGGUUGUACUUGUAUGUGCAUCGAUUAUGGUGCACAGCAGUCUUCAAAGAUGACAGACUAGCAGACCUUCUUAGUGUAUGGGGUGUAGCAGAAGAACAGAAGCUCAAGAAGAAGAAGAAACACCAAAGGAAUCGAAUUGAAGGUUGUUGAAGAAUAUAAUAAAUAAUUUGAGGUAUUGAAGGAGGUCUAGAUCGAUCGAAUUGAAUUAAGUUGUUGAUCAGAGAUGAAUAAACUCGACAGCAGCAGCGACCCACUUCAUCAUUCAGCAUCGCCGAUGCUUAUCUAUCAUCAACCUGCAGCUGCUUCUCAAAAUCAUAAUCAAAAUCAAAUUCAGAAUCAGAAUCAUAGGAAUAAUAUUAUCAGUAGCAGCAGCAGCCAGAUUUCUUUCGGGAACAUGAACACGAUGAUGCAGUCGUCUUCAUCUUCCCCGCCGCCACCACCACCAGCCACAGGCGGAAGCUUCAACAUAAGCAAAGAUGGUGGAGCUUAUGAUUUGGGCGAAUUGGAUCAAGCUCUCUUUCUGUAUCUCGAUGGCGGCCAAGAUCAUAUUCAUCAUCACUCUCAACACCAAAAACAAAAUUCAGAGAUGAGACUACAUACCCUCAAUAUAUUCCCUUCUCAGCCCAUGCAUGAAGAGCCCUCUGCUGCAACAUCUAAUAAAGGAAAUGUAAAGAGUAGUGGAUUAGGUUGUGCAGAAACGAAGAAGACAUCUGAGCCGUCCAUCCGCCUAUCUAACCCUAGAUCUCAUUUGGCUUCUUCUUCCUCCUCUCCUCAACCCCAAAAAGCAGUUAAGCGUGAGGGAAACCGCAGAGGAACAUCCUCAAGUACUUCUGAUCAUCAGCAGCAAGAGGGCCCAAAAACACCUGACCCCAAGACUCUGCGGAGGCUUGCGCAGAAUAGAGAGGCUGCUAGAAAAAGCAGGCUGAGGAAGAAAGCUUAUGUUCAGCAGCUGGAAUCGAGUAGGAUGAGGCUUACUCAGCUGGAACAAGAGAUUCAACGAGCUCGAUCACAAGGAUUUUAUUUGGGAGGAAACGCAGCAGGGUUUUUACCAGGAGAUCAUCAUCAUCAGGGCCUUCCUGCUGUUGCCAACAUAAAUUCAGAAGCUGCGUUGUUCGACAUGGAGUACGCGCGGUGGCUGGAGGAGCACCACCGCGUGACGGUGGAGCUCCGGAACGCCGUGCAGGAUGACUUGCCGGAAAACGAGCUCCGGCAUUUCGUUGACAGCUGCUUAGCUCACUACGAUCAGCUCAUGUGCCUGAAGAACAUCAUCGCUAAAUCCGACGCCUUUCACCUCCUCUCAGGCAUGUGGCGGACCCCCGCCGAGCGCUGCUUCCUGUGGAUCGGCGGCUGCCGCCCCUCCCACCUCAUCAAGGUGAUGGUUAGGGAAAUAGAAGAGGGGUUGACGACGGAGCAGGAGGUGGUGGGGAUAUGUGGUCUGCAACAGACAACUCAGGAAGCUGAAGAGGCACUGUCUCAGGGUUUGGAAGCUUUGAAUCAUUCUCUUUCAGAAACCAUUAUUUCUGAUUCACUCAGCCUUCCCCCGAACAUGACGACCUACAUGUCCCAGAUGGCCUCCGCCAUUAACAAGCUUUCUGCUCUUGAAGCUUUCCUCACUCAGGCUGAUAACUUGAGGCAGCAAACCCUUCACAGGGUGAGACAAAUACUGCCGACCCGACAAACGGCGCGGUGCUUUCUGGCAAUGGCGGAGUAUUUCCAUCGUCUCCGAGCUCUCAGCUCCCUCUGGUUAGGCCGUCCUCGCCCCCAAUGAUCCAUCCCUCAACCUCCAUUAUUAGUUAUAUCAUCUUUUCAUCAUCAUCUGAAGCUAGCUAGCUAGGUUGAUUGAUGCAAUGCUCAUGGAAUCAUCAAUCAGCCUCCUCCAAUCCACCUGGUACUACCCCAUAUAUCAAUUAUUUGUAAUAAUAGUAGUAAGAAUUAUUAUUAUUAAUAAUAAUUUUUUAAUUGUUUUUUUGGUCCUGGGUAAAAUUGAACUAAUGUUUAAGUGGUGAGAGAGACAGAGCAGAUCAGGUGAAUGAGCAAGAGUCUGUUUUGAUGAAUAUAUAUAUGUGAAUGUUGAUAAUAGCCCUCUUGAUCUUAAUUAAAUAAUAGCUGAAUCAAUUAUACAUACAUAUGAUGUACUGUUUCUAGUUGAAAAUUAUAAUAAAAUAUGUAAUGUUGUUUAUAUAU